AUGCUUCAUCAUCUCUCAAAAUAAAGAUUCACUCUUAACAAAGCAGCCAAUCUAGACUUUAUUAAAUUAUUCAUUAAAGAUCUAAAGGAUGUAGCUUCCAUUGUUCCUUCCAAAUUGGAUGACACCGAUGUUAAGCUCUCUCUCUAAAUCCACUGUUUGGAGAAAAGUUGGAAAAUUAGUUCAAAGUCUUUAUCAAAAGAGUACAAAUUCGAAACAUUCAAAUAAGCAUUUGUUUUUAUGAAUACAGUUUCACAUAUGGCCGAUUAGAUGAAUCAUUACCCCAAAUGGAUUAAUGUUUAUAACAAACUAAAUGUAGAAAUAACCACUCAAGACGUGAGCGGCAUUUCAAUAAAAGAUGUGCUCUUGGCUCACUUAAUGGAAUCAGCAUAUAAAGAUGUUAAUGAAUCGAAUGUAGAAAGCAUUGCUGAAAUUUGUAAGGUGUCAUCUCCUUAAUUGUUACAAAAUUGGAAUGCGAAUUAUUCAUAAUAUUAAGAGAUAAUGAAAAAAAAUGUUCACAAUCUUUGA